AUGCUUUUACUUUCAAGUUUCAAUCAUUCUUCUGGAAUUUGGACAAAAUUGCAAAAGCCUCGUCCGAGGAGGCAUGGGGUUCCUAUAAAUGCAGUUAUUGUUGGACUCAACUACUAUAGUAACGACGGUGUUAGAUCUCUUCAGGGCGCUGUUAAUGAUGCUUAUAAGUUCAGAAAAGGACUGCUGAGAUAUUAUCAAGCUAAGAAAAGAAAUAUAAAACUUUUUGUGGAUGCGAAAUUGAAAAACAGAAAGUAUAGAUGUGUCACUUGUUCAGAUGUAGUAACAGCAAUCAUGGAUAUGUUUAGGAAAGCACGAAGAGGAGACAUUCUUGUAUAUUACUUUGCGGGACACGGUGGCUCGACUUCAACAAAACAGUAUAACAAUAAUUCGGGAAAUAUUGAGUUCUUACGUACUAACAAGGGUGACAUAAGAGAUGGAGUAAUGAGACAAUUAUCGGAGAGUGUACCCGAGGGCUGUUUGUUUUAUAUUGUAACUGAUUGUUGCAAAUGUGGCGGGUUGGUUGAAGGAGUACAUGAGCAGAUCGGGACUAGUACAAAACAUUCAGUGAUAAGGGUCCGAGGUGAAGAACCAAGGAUGAGAUAUCUAAGUUCGUUAAGGAAAACUUCUGAUAUCCCAAAUGCCAUUCAUCUUUCGGCAUGCCAGAAUUUCCAACUAUCCGCGGAAACCUUUUUUGAAGACCAAAACCAAUCUGGAGGAUUAUUCACCGAUAGCUUACUGAAGGUUCUAAAGAAGAAUUAUUUUCGAGUGUCUAACAUUGAUCUCACCAGAAAGAUAAGAAAACGGAUGAGGAACAUGAAGUUGAAAGAGAAACAACACGCUGGUUUAUACUGCUCGGAUGUCCAAGGAGAAUUCAACUUUUUAAGUUUUGAGUGGAUGGGUCUUUCAAAAAGAAGAAAAAGAAAAUUAGAGAAGAUGGGGCAGACUGCUAUAGGGUCUUUGAAAGGUAUGCUUCCCCAUAAGGUUAUACAGUCUUUGGAAAGGGAAGAUGGUACGUGGCAGUGGGAUAGAAUAGUUGAUGAUUUUGUUGUGAAAGGAAAAAUGAAGAACUGUCUUGCUGUGUGUGGUGGGACCAAUGAUGUGUCUGUGGCAUUUGGAUUGUUGGUGUCUGAAUUGAGUGACAAACCUUGGAAAGGGAAGGUUAUUAAUUUCAGUGCCGAGCCUGACCUUCAUGUAAUUGAGGGGGAUGAUCUGAGGUCCAAGACAAAUUUUGUGAAGGAUAUGGAACGGGGGGUUAACAUUGAUUUCCAGAGGGUGUUUGAUUGCAUAUUGGAUGUGGCUAUCGAAGAGAAUCUUAAGGAGGAUCGGAUGAUUAAAAGGAUCUUUGUAUUGAGUGACAUGGAGUUUGAUGAAGCGUCUGCAAACUCUUGGGAGACUGAUUACCAAGAAAUCACUAGGAAGUAUGGAGAGGCAGGGUACGCUGUGCCUCAGCUAGUUUGUCCCCCUGCUUUGGUGUCUAAUUAA